UCUUGCUUUUUUUUUUUCUUUUUUCUCUUAUCGAAGCACUUCUCAGUCUGACACGAUAUACUUUUGUCUUUUUUUUUUUUGGUUAUGUCUCUCUCUUCAGAAACUAGUGAGAGCACUUGGGGUGUUUGCAGGAGGAAUCUUCUUCAUGCGUAACUAUGGUGAUCUCAUCAUGGCAGUCUGAAGAAACCUGAAUAACAAUGGAGGAGAGCAUCCCUUAGUUUUAUUUUUUCACUUUCUCGACUUUUGUAUGUCUCUUGUCUAAGACUUGAUGGUCUUGUUUCUGAUUUCACCAAUGUGAUAUAAAUAAUUAAAUUUUUCAUUCACAAGUUGCGUUUUCAUCUAUUCACAAAGCUUAUGAUAUCUUUCUUUGUUCACAUUAAUAUCUAAAAUUUAACCAGGAUUUGUAAUCAUAUAUUCAAGUAAAAAGGAAUAUUCUUUCAAAAACCAAAGAGUUUCUCUAUAUUCUAGGCCUAGUCGUAUUUCACACUGCAUCUUGGAAUAUACUUUAUUUGUUCUUUAGAUACGCUCCAUAUAAAGUUGAAUAUUGAGAAAGUUUUGAGAGAAUUCAAGGUUGUAUGUGGAGGAGCUCUUAGGCUUGAUUCUCAGUCAUGGUCGUCAAGUAUUGUCUACCGUUGCUUUUACUGUCAUUGUUGAUUGCUGAAUGUGCCUCAAGGCCAUUGUAUACUCUCCCAAGUCUAGCAAAAGCUGGAACUAAGAAACCGCUUCAGACUUCUCGUCCAUUCAAUGUUGCACACCGAGGAGCAAACGGCGAGUUCCCUGAAGAAACUGCUCCUGCUUAUAUGAGGGCGAUUGAGGAAGGUGCAGAUUUCAUAGAAUCAGACAUUCUAUCUACCAAAGACGGUGUUCUGAUAUGUCAUCACGAUGUUAAUCUCGAUGAUACAACUGAUGUUGCUGACCACAAGGAGUUUGCUGACCGUAAGAGAACUUAUGAAGUCCAAGGGAUGAACAUGACCGGCUUCUUCACUGUUGAUUUUACUGUGGAGGAGCUGACAACACUUGGAGCUAAGCAGAGGUAUCCUUUCAGAGAUCAACAGUACAAUGGUAAGUUCCCUAUUAUUACUUUGGAUGAGUAUAUAGCAAUAGCACUGGAUGCACCUAGAGUUGUUGGGAUAUAUCCAGAGAUCAAGAACCCUGUUUUCAUCAAUCAGCAAGUGAAAUGGGCUGAUGGUAAAAAGUUUGAGGAUAAGAUUGUGGCAACUUUGAAGAAAUAUGGAUACAAAGGCUCAUACAUGUCUAAAGAUUGGCUAAAACAGCCAAUAUUCAUUCAGUCUUUUGCUGCAACUUCACUUGUUUACAUUUCCAACAUGACAGACUCACCAAAAGUGUUCUUGAUCGAUGAUGUCACUAUCCUAACCGAAGACACUAAUAAGACAUACAAUGAGAUUACAUCAGACAAAUAUUUAGAUUAUAUUAAACCAUAUGUCGUUGGGAUUGGUCCAUGGAAAGACACUAUCGUUCCUGUUAGCAACAACCGUCUGACUACACCAACGGAUUUGGUUGCAAGAGCACACUCACGUAACCUUCAGGUGCAUCCUUACACAUACCGUAACGAGAACCAGUUUCUGCAUUCCGGGUUUCAUCAAGAUGCGUAUUUGGAGUAUGAUUAUUGGAUCAACAAGAUUGGUGUUGAUGGUUUGUUCACUGACUUCACUGGAAGUCUUCACAAUUUCCAGGAGUUGACUUCUCCUUUGCCUAAGCUUCAGUGAUUGGCUCUUUUUUUGUUUUGCCUAGUUCUUCUUCUGUUAGGUACUUUUGUAGGAAUUCUUGAAACUUUUAAUAAUUCUCUUCAGUUUAAUAAAAAGGAGCAACUGCUUCUAUGUUGUUCACAAUGCCUUUGGAAUAACAGUCUAUAGAUGAUUGUUGAAAAAGCUAAACGUGAAUCAGUUUUAUAAUGACAAGAGCAGAGAAACUUUUACAGUA